AUGCCGCUAGGAAUAAACGAUAUGGCUGACGAAAAGAGGGAUGGGCUCCACAGCGAGCAACAGGGUAUCUCUGUGCGCCCAGCGACGAACGAGAAUACCGCUAGCAGCGACAGUGACCGAACAGAUGACAUCGAAAGAAAUACGCCGCCGCCUACCGCAGAGGGAGAAAAAGUCGAACACCCCGAUCCCAAUGAGGUGGACUGGGAUGGGCCAGACGACCCUAAAAAUCCUCGCAAUUGGCCGCGCUGGAGACGAGCCAUGCUUGUCGGUAUAAUUACCUGUGUUGUGUUCUCGACAUCUAUCGCGUCUUCAGCAAUUGCGCCCGCAGUACCACAGAUUCUGAGGGAGUUUCAUUCGACCAAUGAAGUGGUUGGGACUUUGGUGGUUACUAUUGAGCUCCUGGGCACCGGUGUGGGCCCUAUUCUUAUGGGCCCUAUGUCCGAAGUCGUCGGUCGGCGAGUGAUCUACAACUGUGCGAAUAUUGGAUUCAGCGCAUUCUCGCUUGGAUGUGCCUUGACACCUUCUUUGCCUGGAUUGGUGAUAAUGCGCUUUCUACAGGGAUGCUCCGCAUCCUGCUCCCUUAACAAUGCCGGCGGAACUAUCUCGGACCUGGUGCCAAUUCAUCGCAGGGGUUUUGCCAUGUCGAUGUAUUCCGUAGGCUUCCUGCUCGGCCCUGCCGUUGGUCCUAUUGCCGGCAGCUUUCUGGCCGCAGCAGCGGGGUGGAGAUGGGUAUUUUGGUUGCUGCUUAUUCUGAACGGCACAAUGGGAAUAAUCUGCGCCCUUACAUACUCCGAAACAUAUGCGCCCGUCAUUCUUGAGUGGAAGGCUAAGAAACUCCGCAAACAAACGGGAAACCAGGCGUUAUAUGCCAAGGGACAGCGACAGCUGCCCGUGAGCAGUGUUCUAAAACGCGCCAUCAGUCGCCCGGUAAAGAUGUUUCUCUUCUGCCCCGUCGUCACUGGCUUGGCCAUCUACAAUGCUGUCGUUUACGGCUUCACUUAUCUCCUCUUCUCCACUUUUUCUGUGGUCUUCGAGGGCCAAUACAAUUUCAGCGAGGCAAAGCUCGGCCUGGUGUAUCUCGGUCUGGCGAUCGGUUUCUUGAUCUCUCUGAGUAUUGCUAGCUUCGCCAACGAUAGGACCCACGCUCGUCUAACUAGAAAGCAUGGAGAAGCAAAGCCGGAAUACCGCCUGGACUCCUUGAUAUACGGCGCAAUCGCAAUUCCCGUUGGGCUUAUCAUUUAUGGAUGGACAACCCAAGAGCGUGUACACCCUGCCGUUCCUAUCGUGGCAACAGGUCUGGUUGGGUUUGGAGUCAUGUUCACUUUCAUCCCUUUCAAUGUAUACAUGAUCGAUGCCUAUACAAAAUAUGCAGCUAGUGCGAUCGCUGCCGGAAAUAUUCUUCGAAGCUUGUCUGCUGCUCUGCUACCCCUGGUUGGUGUUCCCAUGUAUAAUAGGCUGGGGUAUGGCUGGGGGAAUACUCUUCUUGCAUUUAUUUCACUCGGGUUGGGAGGAAUGUUUAUAGUGUUCCGCAAGUAUGGCGAAGAUUGGCGGAAGAGGUUCUCGAUUCAGUUCGAUUGA